CUAUAAAAACAGCAAACGAGCCAAUUUUUUUCUUGUAUUUUGUUGUCUGCUUUCAAAACAAAUCUAAAUCAAAAUUGAAUUGUGAAACUUUGUGUUAAUUUCAAAAUUUAAGCAACUUUCUACUGUAUGUGUAUUGUUAUGCAGGACUUUUUAAAUAAAUCUUUAAAAUGGUUUUCUACUUCAAUUAAAAAUUUUAUAUAGAAAGAAACAUCAAAGUACUUAAAAUAUCGAUUUUCAGCAAAAAAAGGCUCAUCGAUUUGGUAUCAAUACUUAAUGUUAUAAGUAGUUCAGUCUUGAAAUGAAUGAAAGAACUUUUGCGUCUUUUUUACCAGAUAAUAUUCUUGAGAAUAUAUUUUCAUAUCUAGAUUUAGCAGAUUUGGGUAAUUGUUCACUGGUCUGUAAAAGGUGGUAUAAUUUUUUAAAUGAUGAAAAUAAUGAUGUUUGGCGAAUGCACUGCUUAAAAAAAUUAUCAGAAGACGCUUUUAAAUCCGAUUUGUUAUCAUCGGUGCCAACAUACAAAGCAAAACUUAGGGCAUUUUAUUAUGCGUGGAAUCCUAUUGAUUGUUCUCGCAAUGUUUUUAUUAGACCAAAUGGUUUUACAUUACAUAGAAAUCCAGUUGCCCAAAGUACAGAUGCUGCAAGGGGAAAAAUGGGAUUCACGCAGGGCAGACAUGCUUGGGAAGUAAUUUGGGAAGGUCCAUUAGGUACGGUAGCUGUAAUUGGCAUAUCGACACGAGAAGCUUCAUUACAAUGCCAUGGAUAUGUUGCUUUAUUAGGAUCCGAUGAUCAAAGUUGGGGUUGGAAUUUAGUUGAUAAUCACUUAUUGCAUAAUGGAGAUGCACAAGGCAACUAUCCGUUACUAAACAAUGCGCCCAAAUAUCAAGUGGGUGAAAGAAUAAGAGUAGUAUUAGACUGUGAUGACAACACGUUGUCAUUUGAAAAGAAUUCAGAAUUUUUAGGCGUUGCAUUUAGAGGUUUACCACCUAAAACAUUUUAUCCAACUGUGUCGGCAGUCUAUGGUAAUACAGAAGUAUCAAUGAUAUAUCUAGGUCCUCCACUGGAUGGUUAAUUUUUAAUUUAAUACAAAUUCAACGCAUAUUAAUCGUUAUUAAAUCUAGUCAUAAAAUAAAGUUUUAUAACAGUAAAAUGUAAGAUUUCUAUAAACUUGAUUUAAAAUAUCUAAAAUCAAUUUUUAGGAGAAUAGAUAUAUUAUUUAAUAAUUAUAUUAAGUAAAAUUAAGUAAUUUAAGUAAUUAGAUAACAAAAGUUCUAUAUUCAUAUAUACAUACAUUUGAAACUGUAUUCUGUGCAAUACUAUUUGUUUUAUUGCAAAUUUUAUUCAUUACUAUUUUAGUUUAAAAGGAUUAUUUUUUAAAUUAUUUUCUUCAAAAUGAUAAAAAUAGUGUUCUAUACUUUAAUUAAAAAACUAGUCAAAAUUAUAACUUAUUUAUAAUAUUACUGAGAUGGUGAAAUUAUUUACAGAAAUAAUGAAAUAAUUAUUUAUGAUGUUAAACUUUAAAGAAGCUAGCACGGAACCUUUUAACAUAAAUAUAUAGCAUUCUUAUAUAAGUUAUAUUCCAGUACCUCUACUUAACCAAUAAAUUAAUAUUAGUAAUAAGCAUAGGAACCUGUAGUAGAAAUUUUUUUUUUUUUUGUAUUAUUUUUUUUUUGUACAAUUUUUGUUUUGUAUGCAAUUUGUUAAAUACCUACUUUUGUUGUUAUAUGAAUUUUCCUUUUGUUAAAGUAUACUUACGUAAGUGUAAUUCAUGG